CUUUGAUCUGGUCAGUCAAGAGCCAUUUCUUAAGCUCAACCUACCCUUUGUUUUCUACUUUUUCCUUUUUCUACGCCUAUUUUUUUAAACUACCUAGCAAUAUCCAACUGUCAAGUUAGUUUAGCGGUCUUAAUUGUUCAAGUAGUAGUUUCUGACACAAUGAAAUUUCCUCGUUAGCCUAUCAUCCACGUGAUGCACAGUGCAAGAGUACUCAAGACUGCAUUAUAAGAACCAACCGCGUCAGAAUGUUUUGAGAGCAAAUAAGGUAGAGACCUGCAAACAAAGAUGGAUGUAGAUCAAGGGAAUGGAGUCAGUGAGCUGUUUAAGGCUCAAUGUCACCUUUAUAAACAUAUCUACUACUUCAUAGAAUCAAUGUCACUAAAAUGUGCUGUUCAGCUUAGCAUACCUGAUGUGAUCCAAAAAAAUAACCAGCCCAUUACCCUUCAACAGUUGGUUUCAGCCCUAAAUUUUCCUGAAUCAAAAGCAAAUUUCCUGCAGCGCCUUAUGCGCGUACUGGUGCAUUCCGGUUUCUUUGAUACAAUCAAAAUCCAUGAUAACCAAGAAGAAGUCGAAGAAGGUUAUGUUCUCACAUCUUCUUCUAAGCUCCUGCUCAAAGAUAGCCCCACCAGCCUGUCCCCAGUUGUUCUCACAAUGCUAGAUCCUGUGUUGAUGAAUCCAUGGUUUUCUCUAGGCGAGUGGAUCCAAGGGAAGGAGCGCACACCAUUUGAAACUUACCAUGGAAUGAGCUUUGGGGAAUAUGGGAAGAGAAACUUCAAAUUUAUCAACAACUUGAAUGAAGGAAUGACUAGUGAUUCCAAAUUGGUGAGUUUGGUUGUUAAAGAGCAUAAGGAAAUUUUCGAGUCAGUGGAUUCAUUGGUUGAUGUAGGGGGUGGCACCGGAACUCUUGCUAGGAGCAUAGCUGAUGCAUACCCCCAUAUGAAAUGCACAGUCUUGGACCUCCCACAAGUUGUUGCCAACUUGCCAGAAAGUGAAAACUUGAAAUUUGUUGGAGGUGACAUGUUCAAGUCCAUCCCUUCUGCAGAUGCAAUUAUCAUCAAGUCUGUUUUGCUUAACUGGAGUGAUGAGGACUGCAUAAAGAUAUUGAAGCGAUGCAGAGAAGCAAUCCCAUGCGAAGAUGAUGGAGGAAAGCUUGUGCUCGUAGAAAUGGUGAUUAACGACCAGAAAGAUGAACAGGAACUGACCAAAACAAGGCUCUUUGUUGACAUGGAAAUGAUGCUCUUAUGCAACGGAAGGGGAAGAAAUGAGAUAGAAUGGAAGAAACUCUUCCUGGAGGCUGGCUUUAGUCACUACAAAAUCACAGCCACUUCUGGGUUAAAUUCUAUUAUUGAGGUGUAUCCUUGAGUAGUAGUAUCGAACUCGGGAUGUUAUUUAUUUUCUCCUUUUCUACAUGAAUGUGUUCUAGUUUGUGUAAUUUUAGCUCUGAGAUGCCAUGAUCUCUGUGGCCUAGGAACUUUAUAUCUCUGGGUUCCUACUUAAUAUUUACAGCACGAUACAAUAAGGCAUCCAAGAUAACUUUGAUAAGGCUAUGUGUUACUGUCUCAUUCUCAAUUAUUGUCACAUAAACCGGAAAGCAGUGGCUAAACAGCUUUUAUUUUCUUA